CAAAGAGCCAAUGUUACUGCCUUUGCUGGGGCUUUUUUUAAUGCUAUUGACUUUUUUAAACUUUUUUUUAACAAUCAUACUUUAGUUUGUCAUUAUGAAUAACAAAUUAAAGUAGUUAACUAAGUCAAAAAAAGCAUUUACAACUCCAGACCAAAAUCCUCUGAAUCUGGAGAUUGCUGGUUCCCGCCUUCCACGAGCUGGCGGAGAGAGAUGGUAAGGGCUGGCGGGAAGAAGGUCGGGAACGCUCCUCAGGCGGCGGAUCCGGCGGUGGAGGAGCAGAAGAGGCUGAAGAAGCUCGCUUUCUCAAAGGGGACGCUUUCGGAGAAACCUCUGAAGGCGGCGGCGGUGAGGAAUGCUCUGCGCCCAUCGAAGACAGUGGUCAAGCACAGUGGGAACGACAUAAUUCGCAAGUCUCAGCGAAGCAGGAACCGUUUUCUCUUCUCCUUCCUGGGGCUUCUUGCCCCCGUUUCCGGCGGGAAAAUUGGCAUGCUCAAAGACCUGGACACCAAAAACCCUAUUCUCUACCUCGAUUUCCCUCUGGGCCAAAUGAAGUUGUUUGGGACAAUUGUUUAUCCUAAAAACAGGUAUUUGACUCUGCAGUUUUCCAGAGGGGGGAAGAGUGUAGUGUGCGACGAUUAUUUUGACAACAUGAUUGUGUUUUCCGAUGCAUGGUGGAUAGGUAGGAAAGACGAGAAUCCAGAAGAAGUUCGUCUUGAGUUCCCAAAGGAGCUGAAUGUGGACAAGACUAUAGAGCAUAAUUUCAAAGGUGGUGCUGGUGCUGCAUCUGAUGGAAAACAAGGGAUAAACAAAACAGGGAUGAGAUUAUUGGAACAAGAAUCUCCCAAACUUGAAGAAGAAGAAGAAGAAGACAUUUUAGAAGAUCAGAGCAAUGUCAAAGAAUUCAGUGAUAUUGCUCCAGCUCGGCAUUCAGCUAGGACAGCUGGCAAGACAUUCAAUUUUGCAGAUGUUUCUUCUGAGGAUGAUUUAACUGCUAAUGAUGCUGAGACUUCUGACAAAGAGGAAUGGAGGGAAGAAAAAUUUCAUGCUUCAGUCUUUGAUGGUGACAACAAAGAUGUAGUUAUUCUAGAUCGAUCUGCUGACAAAAGUACACCUGGUGCUGAAGCAGUCUCUAAAUCCACAGAGCACACUCACAGUAAUCCCGGUUCUCUUAUUCAAGCCACUAUAUCUACUAUGUUCAAGAAAGUGGGUGAGAAGACUGGGUCGUCCAAGAAGGGGUCAAUUUCAGAAGAAACUAAAGCCGGCAGAAAGAUCACAAUAGCAAAGAAGCAAUCUGAGAGUAUUGCAAAAUCUGCUGAUGCUGCUAGAGUGUACACUAAGAAUACAAAGGCCAGUGUCUCCAAUAUAUCAACACAAAGGAGGGAGAAAACCAGAAGUGUCUUAGAUCCAAGUUCAUCCACUCCUAUUGAUUCUUCACAGGCCGAAGAUGAAGAGAUUGAAGAGUUCUCUAGUACAUCUCAGGAUAUGGAUGAAAGCGAUGAGGAUUGGAUCGCUUGAAUUUUUCUGCCGAUGCAACGAUCAUACUGUGACAACUGUGGUUUAAGAGCUGUAUAUAGUUGCGGAUUUACGAACUGGCUUCUCACAGGACAAUCUAUAACAGUGCAAAUAAUGCUCUUUAAUACACUCUUUUUAAAGGACAGAUCUCACUCUCUAUCAAUCUGAUAUCAUAGUUCAAUCUACCUCCUCCACAGUAGAAGGGACACCCUAGAGUUUCAACCUUUUUUUUGGAAAAAUGGAUAUUGUAAUCAUGCUAAAGCAUAAGACUUUUCAUGAUUGCCUAACCUUUUUGGUAACAAAUCUAGGUUUGGGGU